CGAUUCGCAUCUUCAAACCAUAACCUAUUCAUGCACCACCACAGCUCAAGUCCCCUUCACUCCAACACCAUGACCAAUUACACCUUCUCCCCGUCUUCCAUCGCUUCCGCCGCCGCCGGGGGCUUCGUCUCCGGCCGGCUCCACCUCGUCGAGCACGUCCAGAUCCUCGAGCUCUUCCUCGCGGUCUUCGUCUUCGUGGCCAUCCAUGCCGUCCGGCAGGGGAAGCGCCAGGGGCUGGCGGUGUGGCCGGUCCUCGGGAUGGCGCCUUCCCUGGUCGCGGGGCUCCAGGGCGACAUGUACGAGUACAUCUCCGGCGUGGUGUGCCGCCAGAACGGGACGUUCUGGUCGGGGCCCUGGCUCACCAGCCUCAACUGCGUGGUCACCGCCGACCCCCGCAACCUCGAGCACCUCCUCAAGACCAAGUUCUCCAACUUCCCCAAGGGCCCCUACUUCCGCGACACCGUCCGGGACCUCCUCGGCGACGGCAUAUUCAACGCGGACGACGUCACGUGGCAGCGGCAGAGGAAGACGGCCAGCAUCGAGUUCCACUCGGCCAAGUUCCGGAGGCUCACCACCGAGUCCCUCCUCGAGCUCGUCCACGCCCGGCUCCUCCCCGUUCUCGAGGAGAGCCUCCGCGCCUCCACGGCUGUCGACCUGCAGGACGUGCUCCUCCGGCUGACUUUCGACAACGUGUGCAUGAUCGCCUUCGGGGUCGACCCCGGUUGCCUCCGCGCGGGGCUCCCCGAGAUCCCCUUCGCGAGGGCGUUCGAGGACGCGACGGAGGCGACCGUGCUCCGCUUCGUGACGCCGACGUGCGUGUGGAAGCUCAUGAGGCUCCUGGACGUCGGCCCCGAGAGGACGCUGAGGAAGUCGAUCGAGGGCGUCGACGAGUUCGCAAACCAGGUGAUCCGGACCCGGAAGAAGGAGCUCGCCGCCGAGGACGGGUGCCAGAGGUCGGACAUACUGACGGUGUUCGCGCGGCUGAGGGACGAGGAAGGGAAGCCGUUCUCGGACAAGUUCCUGAGGGACAUAUGCGUGAACUUCAUUCUCGCCGGGAGGGACACGUCGUCGGUGGCGCUGAGCUGGUUCUUCUGGCUGCUCGACAACAACCCGGAGGUCGAAGAGAGGAUCGUGGCUGAGCUCUGCAAGGUGGUGAGCGAUCGAGAAGGAGCGAGCGGCGGCGGCGAGGGCUUGGUGUUCAAGCCGGAGGAGAUCAAGAAGAUGGACUAUCUGCAGGCGGCCAUUUCCGAGGCUCUCAGGCUCUAUCCCUCCGUCCCUAUCGAUCACAAAGAGGUCGUCGAGGACGAUGUGUUCCCGGACGGGACGGUGCUCAAGAAAGGCACGAAGGUCCUCUACGUGAUCUACGCCAUGGGGCGGAUGGAGGCGAUCUGGGGGAAGGACUGCCGCGAGUUCAGGCCGGAGCGGUGGCUGCGGGACGGCCGGUUCACCAGCGAGUCGGCCUACAAGUUCACCGCCUUCAACGGGGGACCCCGGCUGUGCCUCGGCAAGGACUUCGCCUACUACCAGAUGAAGUUCGCCGCCGCCUCCAUCCUGUACCGGUACCGCGUCCGGGUGGUCGAGGGCCACCCCGUGGUGCCGAAGCUGGCGCUGACCAUGUACAUGAAGCACGGGCUCAAGGUCAACCUCUUCCGGCGCGACGAGUCGGAGCGCCGGAAGUGCGUCCUGAAGUACUACGGUUAGGCUAUGGGAACCCGGGCGGUCUCGAAUAAAGCCGGCGAUGGCGAUUUAUGUCCUUUGUCUUUCGAUAAAUCUUCACGUGGAGAUUUGGUGUCGGACUAUACGUAUGUGUAUUGGAAUGUCAGUGAGCGAGGGAUUGCAGAUAGAUGUACUAAGGAAAGCUGGCUUCUUCUUCUUUUUUUUGUCAAUAAAUGGGAUCGAUGUGUGUAUUCAUUUGGUUUGUUAUAAUUCAACUGGUUUCUCAA